ACUUUGACUCGUGUCAGCCCCCUAAUCUGCGGAAGUGGAGUGCGGGGGUGCGCCGGAAGAGGGGUACGGAAGUGCGCCGGAAGUGGGGUGCGGAGGUGUGCAGCGCGCUGUCAGACUGGCUCGCAGGCGGCGCGGCCGGCGGACCCGUUCAAGACAGCGCGGGCGGCUCGGGUCCCCUGGGGCUCCGCAGCAGGAGGACGCCAUGGACGACAAGGAGUUAAUUGAAUACUUUAAGUCUCAGAUGAAAGAAGAUCCUGACAUGGCCUCAGCAGUGGCUGCCAUCCGGACGUUGCUGGAGUUCUUGAAGAGAGAUAAAGGGGAGACAAUCCAGGGUCUGAGGGCGAAUCUCACCAGUGCCAUAGAAACCCUGUGUGGUGUGGACUCCUCUGUGGCAGUGUCCUCUGGUGGGGAGCUCUUCCUCCGCUUCAUCAGUCUUGCCUCCCUGGAAUACUCUGAUUACUCCAAAUGUAAAAAGAUCAUGAUUGAGCGGGGAGAACUUUUUCUCAGGAGAAUAUCACUGUCAAGAAACAAAAUUGCAGAUCUGUGCCAUACUUUCAUCAAAGAUGGAGCGACAAUAUUGACUCACGCCUACUCCAGAGUGGUCCUGAGAGUCCUGGAAGCAGCCGUGGCGGCCAAGAAGCGAUUUAGUGUAUACGUCACAGAGUCACAGCCUGAUUUGUCAGGCUACAUCAUGGAGAAAGCAGAUCUUGUCAUAGUUGGUGCUGAAGGAGUUGUUGAAAACGGAGGAAUUAUUAACAAGAUUGGAACCAACCAGAUGGCUGUGUGUGCCAAAGCACAGAACAAACCUUUCUAUGUGGUUGCAGAAAGUUUCAAGUUUGUCCGGCUCUUUCCACUAAACCAGCAAGACGUCCCAGAUAAGUUUAAGUAUAAGGCAGAUACUCUCAAGGUCGCGCAGACUGGACAAGACCUCAAAGAGGAGCAUCCGUGGGUCGACUACACUGCCCCUUCCUUAAUCACUCUGCUGUUUACAGACCUGGGCGUGCUGACACCCUCAGCAGUCAGCGAUGAGCUCAUCAAGCUCUAUCUGUAACCUGUGAGCCCUUUCCUGCCAAGGUGCAGCUUACGUAGUUGAGGCAGGGUGAGUAGCUGCUUGACACCCCAGUGAGUCAGGCCAAAACUGAGAUGUGUUUAAUGAAGAUUUAUGGAGUAAGGACUUAAAAUCAUACAUCUUGGAGAACCUUUCUUACUCAUUUCAGUCCCAUCUAAAAAUGUGUCAGCUAUUCUAAAAUCCCAACUUAAAUUGUUCUUACGGUUUCUAGAAACUUUCCUUUUCAGUUUCCAGAAAUACAAGUUAGAUAAUUGGCUACUUAACUGAUGAAAGAUAAGCCCAAGUCCACCUGUCUUCAUCCUCCCCUGCACUCCAGACUGAUCUGCCUAAAGCACGUGAGAUGCAGGCGAAAAGCAGCCACACCCCUCUGCCACAACCAACAGCUGGUCAGGACGUUACACACGGUGCCUUGUAAGAGGCAAGAAACACUUGCCGAAUCUGCGUCUGGCUUCCAGUGGUAAGCACAUUCCUCAGCAGGAUCAAGCCAAACAGUAAAAACUACCAAGAGAACACGAGGAAGGCAGAAAUGACGUUUAGCAACAGUAUUCUGCAUGGUUCACCGCUUAAGAAAAUGCCUUCUGGAAUAUUUGUAAACUGAAAUUCUGUAUGUGUAAGAGAUGUUUAAAUAUGUUUGGGUCCUAAACAGCUUUUUAAAAUUAUACUUGGGAACAAAUUCAGCAUCUUUUCAAAUAAACUCUAUGAAAGAC